AUGGCAUCCAUGUUCGAAGCCCCGAGGAAUGCUGGUACACUUUUCCUUGGAGGAACAAAAAUCAGCGGCAGCGAUGUAAGAGAACAAUGUGUGCAAGCCACUCAGGCGAUAUCGAACGUGGUCAGAUCUUCAUUCGGACCUAGCGGGUUGGACAAGAUGAUGGUAGACGAUAUCGGUGAUGUGACGGUUACCAACGACGGCGCAACAAUUCUCUCCCUGCUCGACAUUUCCCACCCGGCCGGCAAGAUUCUGGUAGACCUGGCACAACAACAAGACAAGGAGGUUGGCGAUGGAACAACAUCAGUGGUACUAAUCGCCUCGGAGUUGCUGCGUCGCGCAAACGAGCUCAUGAAGAUGCGCAUCCACCCCACGACCAUCAUCACUGGAUACCGCCUGGCCCUGCGCGAGGCUGUCCGUUACAUGAGCGAGAACAUUGCCACCAAGGUCGACACUCUGGGCCGCGAGUCGCUCAUGUCGAUUGCAAAGACCAGCAUGAGCAGCAAGAUUAUCGGUGCCGACUCGGACUUUUUCGCCAACAUGGUCGUGGAUGCCAUGCAGAGCGUCAAGAGCGUCAACAGCCGUGGCGAUGUCAAGUACCCCGUCAAGGCUGUCAACGUCCUCAAGGCGCACGGAAAGAGUGCUCUGGAGAGUGUCCUGGUCAAGGGUUACGCCCUCAACUGCACCGUGGCCAGUCAAGCCAUGAACACCCGCGUUGUUGACGCAAAGAUUGCCUGUCUCGACAUGAACUUGCAGAAGGAGCGCAUGAAGCUUGGAGUACACAUCACCAUUGACGACCCGGCACAACUUGAGAAGAUCCGUGAGCGUGAGGCUGGUAUCGUCCUUGAGCGUGUUGACAUGAUCCUGAAGUCUGGCGCCAACGUCAUCUUCACCACCAAGGGUAUCGACGACUUGUGCUUGAAGUCCUUCAUCGAGAAGGGCGCCAUGGCUGUUCGCCGCUGCAAGAAGGAGGAUCUCCGCCGUAUCGCAAAGGCCACCGGUGCCACUCUGGUCAGCUCUCUCUCCGACUUGAACGGUGACGAGAAGUUCGAGGCCAGCAACCUUGGUCACGCCGAGGAGGUUGUUCAGGAGCGUAUUUCAGACGACGAGUGCAUUCUCGUCAAGGGUACCAAGGUUCACACUUCUGCUUCCAUCAUUCUCCGUGGUCCCAACGAGUACUCGCUCGACGAGAUGGAGCGUUCCGUCCACGACUCGCUCUCCGCUGUCAAGCGUACUCUUGAGAGUGGCCGUAUCGUUCCCGGUGGUGGUGCCGUCGAGACUGCCCUGCACAUCUACCUUGAAGAGUGGGCUACCUCUGUCGGCUCGCGCGAGCAACUCGCCAUUGGUGCCUUCGCCGCUUCCCUCCUGAUCAUUCCCACCACCCUCGCUGUCAACGCCGCAAAGGACAGCUCUGAACUCGUCGCACAACUCCGUAGCCGUCACGCUUUGUCACAACGUCUAUCCGCCUCCGAGGGCGGUAGUGGCGACGCCCACACCGCAGCCACCGUACAACCCGCAACCGAAGACGAGAAGUCACUCGCCAAGAAGAAGAAUUACAAGAACUACGGUCUCGAUCUCACCAAGGGUCGUGUCGUCGACAGCUUGAAGAUGGGUGUAUUGGAGCCUGCCAUGAGCAAGGUCAAGCAGUUGAAGAGUGCCGUCGAGGCCUGUGUGGCUAUCAUGAGAAUCGACACGAUGAUCAAGCUCGACCCUGAGAACCAGGGUGGUGAUGAUGGUCACGGUCAUUAAGCGAAGAUGAAAAAGCAUGUGUAAAAUUCUCACGGAUUCCCGGUCGUUUCUAGCGAAACAUUGAAUGAAAAGAUACCAAUAGACUGUU